AAGUGUACGUUGAAAACUACUAGUAUUAGACCUUUCUUUGUUCUCGGUAUUGGGUUUUAUAGAGGCUUAGGCUUGCCAUGUUGUUUGAAUAAUCACACUUACUUAUUGCGCAGGCAGAGGCUACCCCACGGAUAAAUGAGAUGCUGUCCAUAUCAUGCUGUCUACUGGUAUUCACCGGUACGGGUCGUAGCCGUACAAGCGUUGUAAUACGCCCGCGGCUCCCCAAAACAAAGGGCAUCCACCAAAAAAAAAUGAGAUGCUGUGACCGCGCCACAAAGUCACAUGACUCGUCCAAUGCUACUAUGGUCACAGCUUGUGACUUUAUGGCCAUCAUUCUCGCAUCCCAGCGACGUGUAGCAAGGCUCACUUUGGUAGUCGACUGCUGACGGCACGCUGCCGAAAGUAUACGCGUUCAGAAGCGCCAUCCAAAAUACCUAGCUACUUAAAACAAGGGCGUGACGCGUUCCGGC